CUGGCUACAAGAACGUGAUGACGAAAGACUCUCUCUCUUUGCCGCAUCUCUUGCGAGAAUGAAGACCAUUCUCAGCAAUCAGACUGUCGACAUUCCAAAAAAUGUCGACAUCACUCUGAAGGGACGCACAGUUAUUGUGAAGGGUCCCAGAGGAACCCUGCGCAGGGAUUUCAACCACAUUAAUGUAGAACUCAGUCUCCUUGGAAAGAAAAAGAAGAGGCUCCGGGUUGACAAAUGGUGGGGAAACAGAAAGGAACUGGCUACUGUUCGAACGAUCUGUAGUCACGUACAGAACAUGAUCAAGGGUGUUACGUUGGGCUUCCGUUACAAAAUGAGGUCUGUGUAUGCUCACUUCCCCAUCAACGUCGUUAUUCAGGAGAAUGGGUCUCUCGUCGAAAUCCGGAAUUUCUUGGGUGAAAAAUACAUCCGCCGGGUUCGUAUGAGGGCAGGUGUUGCUUGCUCAGUAUCUCAAGCCCAGAAAGAUGAACUAAUCCUUGAAGGAAAUGACAUUGAGCUUGUUUCAAAUUCAGCUGCUUUGAUUCAGCAAGCCACCACAGUCAAAAACAAAGAUAUCAGAAAAUUUCUGGACGGCAUCUAUGUUUCUGAAAAAGGAACAGUUCAGCAGCCUGAUGAGUAAGAUCCAAGAGUUACACAGCUGCAGAAACAAGCUUCUGGAUUGGAAGAUACAUUUGUGAUAUUUUACUGAUGGCAAUAAAAGAUCUCUAUUGAUUGUUACUUGUUCUUAAUUCUUU